AAAACGCAGCCGUGGACGCAGAUCCAAACCGCACCUCAGUCUCUUUCUCUUCAAACAAGAAGAAGAAGAAGAAGACUUUAGUUUCAGUGUCAAAAAUCUUUUCUCUUUCUUUCAAGAGAGAAAAGAAAGGGACCAAACGACAAAAAAUGCGACCAAAUGUUACACAGAGACAGGUUGAAUCUUGUGAGAUAUGUGGUGGUGAUCAGUAUAGAGAAAAGAUAGUUCUAUGCAAUAAUUGCUAUACUCGUCAACACAUUUAUUGCAUGCAGGUUUAUCACUCAAAGGUUCCAAGGGAUUGGGUUUGUGAAUCGUGUCUGUCAGGAGACACAGUUUUGCCAGAAGCUGGUGUGAAGGAAGACAAAAAGAGAACUAUGCAUACAGAAAGUCCCAGUUCAGGGUGGCAGGCUAAUUCUAAAAGGCAAAAGCCUAUUCCAACUGGCAAAGUGAAGUACAUGCCAACUGCCGAAGUCAUUAAGCUAUCUUCAGCCCCCCAAAAAGUCUCUCCUUUGCAAAUGAAAUUUGGCCCAAGAUCUGGUCCUUCAUGUUUCACAGCAUCAUCACAGAGUAAUCCAGUUGGAUUUAGAACUGCCACUCCAAAGUCAUCAACUUUCAGGGUGCAAGCAAAUCCUAGACUUGGACCUUCAGGACUUAUGAUGAAGCCUCCUAGUUUCAGCAGUGUGCAACUCAAUUCACCAAUCAAUAAACAGGCACCUCAAGUAUCAAAGACAGUAAAAGGAAAUGAAGCUCUUCUAGCUUGCAAAAAGGAGCUUGUUAUUGAGAAAGUGGAUGCCCUGAUUCGUGACACAAAGAUACAGAAGAAUGAGAAAGUGGAUGCCCUGAUUCCUGAUAAAAAGAUACAGAAGAACACAGUCAUGUCUGGAAAUGAAGCUCUUCUAGCUUCCAAAAUGGGGCGUGUUAUUGAGAAAGUGGAUGCCCUGAUUCCUGACAAAAAGAUACAGAAGAAAACAGUCAUGUCAGGAAAUGAAGCUCUUCUAGCUUCCAAAAAGGAGCUUGUUAUUGAGAAAGUGGAUGCUCCAAUUCCUUACUCAAAGAUACCAAAGAAUGAGAAAGUGGAUGCCCUGAUUCCUGACUCAGAGAUACAGAAGAACACGAGGCAAUCCACAUGGAGGCCUAUACCAAAAGGUGGUAAAUUCCAAGCUUUCUUUAGACAUGAGAACUCUGAUGCUGUAGAAAGUGAAUUGCUGAAUAGUCUAUUUAAAUUCAAGCUAUAUCGUGAUUAUCUCCCUGCCCUACAUGCAACCUGGAGGGGAAGCAUUCUUGUUGCUGCCAAACCUGGUGACAUUUAUUGUGGGUUGCUGGCUCAAACUGGUGACAUUUAUCGUGGGUUACAGGCUCAACCUCCACGGACUGUUAGUGGCAGGGCAUAUGAGUUAUCACUAAGAUUGCCUCUAACCCUUCGAGUUAUGCUGCUUCCUCGAUCCCAAAUUUGGGCAGAUCUUUUCCAGAAUGAUUAUCCCGAUCUGAAUGACAUUGCACUAUAUUUUUCUCCUGAUGAUAAAAUUGAGAGAUCCAAAGAGAGUAUUUCCUGCCUGUCUGAGCUGAUGGAGGACGAAAAUGUAAUUUUGAGAAUCUGCAUUGAGGGUGUGGAUUUGUUGAUAUUUACAUCAAAACAGCUGCAUGUGGACUCACAGAAUGUUAUUGCACGGCUCGAAGCAGGAUACGUCUUGUGGGGAAUCUUUCUUCCUGUAAAAGAUAAUCAGACUCAGGAACCAGCUCGUGUUGAAUCAUCCAUUAGAGUGGCAUCUACAAGCGUCAUCGAUAAAUACCGUCAUUUCCUUGGGGACAUUAAAGCUGGCCCUGAACCUUUUUCAUUACGAACUAAAACUAGUCCAACUUUAUAUACACUAAGUCAAAGUUAAGAGAGUAGUGACUCAUUUGCAUAAUCAUAGUAUAUUUGUACAGUUCUUUUUUUUAGGGAAAUAUUUGUACAGUUCUUAAAUGAUCAGAUCAGUGUAGCACAUAUUGUUUUAUCAUGGAAAACUUCAUUAGUCCACAAACUGAAAUGGCAAUUUUUUAACGUCACAUUAUUUUUCUUAG